GCUGCCUUAUGGCGUACGGAUGUCAUUCUGGAAGUAGGCCCUGGAACUGGUAACCUGACAGUGAAAAUGUUAGAGAAAGUAAAAAAAGUUAUAGCCUGUGAAAUUGACCCUAGACUUGUGGGCGAACUUCAAAAGAGAGUGCAGGGCACGUGUCUGGCAAACAAACUGGAAAUCAAGGUUGGAGAUGUGUUGAAAAUGGAUUUACCGUUCUUAGCGUGUGUAGCUAACUUGCCUUAUCAGAUUUCUUCACCCUUUGUUUUCAAGUUGUUGCUUCACAGACCUUUCUUCAGGUGUGCGAUACUUAUGUUUCAAAGAGAAUUUGCACUUCGUUUGGUUGCAAAACCGGGGACUAAACUCUACUGCAGACUCUCUAUUAAUACUCAGUUAUUAGCUCGUGUGGAUCAUCUGAUGAAGGUUGGAAAGAACAACUUCAGGCCCCCUCCUAAAGUUGAAUCCAGUGUUGUCAGGAUAGAGCCAAAGAACCCACCACCACCUAUCAACUUUCAGGAAUGGGAUGGUCUGGUAAGGAUAGCCUUCGUUAGGAAAAACAAGACACUCUCUGCAGCAUUCAAAUCAAGUGCUGUAGAGCAGUUGUUGGAUCAUAAUUACCAAAUUCAUUGUUCCUUAAAUAAUACAGAAAUACCAGAAAAUUUCAAAAUUGCAGAGAAAAUACAGACAGUCUUAAAAAAUACAGGUUACUCUGAAAAACGUGCCCGUUCAAUGGAUAUAGAUAACUUUAUUAGGAUUGGUGUUGGCCUGAUCCUUACAAUACUGGCCUGUAAUCAACGCUGUUCCUUAACAUCCCUCCUGAUAGACCCACAGGACUAG